AUGUAUGAACAGCAAUAUUCUCAAAUGAACAUCGCGUCCAAACCCAUGUUCCAGAUGUGCGUCAUGGUGGCCUCCCUUCUCAUCACCUCAGGGGAUGUUGCGGCUGCUAGACAACAACAUGCUCGAAUGAGAGGCUUCGUUUUGCUGCGGAUGCUUGUGAUAGCCAACCUCUGGAUAAUAUGCAGCGGCAGUGUUCAGAAACAAGUUCUCCUGCCAGGGUUCAGUGUCUCUGAAAAUGAUUACAUCGAUAAUAAUGGAACUUUUCUGUUGUCCAAUGGCUUCGUAUAUGGCUUCGGCUUUGUAACCAGUAGUGUGUCAGAGAGCUCCUAUCUUCUCUCGGUGGUGCACCUAGCCUCCACUUCUGUCGUCUGGACUGCUAAUGCUAACUCUCCUGUUUCUCAUACGGAUGCCUUUGUGUUCGACAAGGAUGGUAAUGCCUACCUGCGGUCUCAAGGCUCCACUGUCUGGACUGCCAAUCUCUCCGGCAAGGGCGCCUCUAUUCGGCUGCUGGACUCUGGCAAUCUUAUAGUGCUCGGCAAAGACGGCUCUUCUCUUGUAUGGCAGAGUUUGAGCUAUCCAACGAACACACUUUUGUCUGGCCAGAGCUUCACUGAUGGGAUGACACUUGUGAGCCAGUCCAGCACAAACAACAUUAGUUAUACACUUGGCAUCACAUCAGGGGACAUGAGGUUGUACGCAGGCUUCCAGAACCCCCAACCUUACUGGUCUGCUGUGCUGGAUACAAGGUUGCUCGUGGACAUGAAUGGCGACAUCUACUCUUCAAACCUCAAUUCAACUUCGUGGUACUUCUAUGAUAAAUCAGGGUCUCUUCUAUCACGGCUUAACAUUGCGCAGCAGAGUAGUGCCAAUGACACAUUGGCUGUUGUCCUCAGCGACAAUGGAUCCCUUUCCUUCCGCAUCCUCCUACAGAUUGCCGAUGGCACGCGCUACAUGGCUAGUCUCCCAUUCGCAAUCCCGGAGGACUCAUGUGACAUGCCAGCCCAGUGCGACCCCUAUUCCGUUUGCAUUAGUGGAGCAGGAUGCCAGUGCCCGUCAGCACUUAGCACCUUUCCAAACUGCAACCCCGGUCUCAUAUCACCAUGUAACUCAAAAGAGGACUUUCAGCUAGCUCAACUGGAUAGUGGAGUUGGGUAUAUUGGCACUAGGUUCACCCGGCCCUUGGCUAGAACAAAUAUCAUAGGAUGCAAGGAUGCGUGCAUGGGCAAUUGCUUCCUUUUCAACCAGAUCGGUAGUUUGCAGAAGAAAGGUGAAAGGGAACCUGCUUCUGUAUCUUUUAUCAAGGUAUCUAGCACUAACCAUGGCUCUGGGAAAGGUGGGAGUGGCGCCGGGAGGCACACCGUCGUUACUGUUGUCAUUGUGGUCGGACCGUUGGCUGUCAUAGGGGUUCUUGUUUAUGUUGGCUUCAGCAUUUAUCAUCGUCGUCGGAGGCAACCUUCACCCUCACAAGAACAAGACGAUGGGUUUCUCCGGACGAUAUCUGGAGCACCAAUGCGGUUUACUUACACGGAGCUCCGAGGUGCUACAAACAACUUCGCUGACAAGCUUGGUCAGGGAGGAUUUGGAUCCGUGUAUCUCGGAACACUCCCAGAUGGGAGUAGCAUUGCUGUAAAGAAGCUGGAGGGCCUAGGCCAAGGGGAGAGAGAGUUUCGUUCUGAGAUGACAACAAUUGGCAACAUCCACCACGUUCAUCUAGUUAAACUCCGAGGUUUUUGCGUCGAGGGGGCACAAAGGCUUCUUGCUUACGAGUACAUGCCCAAGGGGUCUCUAAACAGGUGGAUUUUGAGCACUAGAGUGGAUGCUCCCCUUCUAGACUGGGAUACAAGGUUUCGCAUUGCACUUGGAACAGCAAAGGGGCUGGCGUACCUCCAUCAGGACUGCGAGUCCAAGAUUAUACAUUGCGACAUCAAGCCUGAGAACGUUCUACUUGAUGACAACUUCCAUGCAAAGGUAGCUGACUUUGGGCUUGCCAAGUUGAUGAGCAGGGAGCAAAGCCAUGUUUUCACCAGGCUCAGAGGCACACGGGGCUAUGUUGCGCCCGAGUGGAUCACCAACUACGCCAUCUCAGAUAAGAGCGACGUGUACAGCUACGGGAUAGUCCUGCUCGAGAUAAUCAGCGGAAGGAGGAGCUUCGACCCCUUGGAAGCCUCGGAGAAGGCCCAUUUCCCACCCUUCGCUUUCAAGAAGCUGGAGGAAGGCGAUCUUCGCAAUAUCGUCGACGCCAAGUUGGCGUACGACGAUGAAGAUGACCGGGUGGAGAUAGCUAUCAGGGUUGCUCUGUGGUGCAUUCAGGAGGAUUUCUCCUGGAGACCUUCCAUGUCGAAAGUUGUCCAGAUGCUCGAAGGCGUCUGUGAUGUGCUGCAGCCACCGACGUCCUCGCAUGUUGUGGACCGGCUCCAUCCGAAUGCUUUCAAGCCGACUGAUACUCUACUUUCAGCUGUGCAGCUGUCUAGUCCCAGAUGA